CUCGCGGGGCUGGACAUGAAGUAAAGUAUUAAUGUUUAAAAAUGCGCGAUCGCCGGCAACUCCCCGUCCGAUUGCAAGUUCCCGCCAGUGGCUUGGGGGGCUGAAGGAGGGGCAGCGGCCCUGGUCGGUCAAAGUCUGCAACGACUGCUUGACGACCUGGAACCGCGACGUCUCCGCCGCCAACGUGAUCCGUGUGCUCCUCCUGCUGAAGCUGAUGGGCUUCGAGCGGCCGACCAAGCUGCAGCGGCCGCCAUGGCCGCCGGCGGCGGCGGGGCCGGGCUGAGAGCCUGAACGGCGCUAGCAGGGCGUGGGGCUGACGGUGCACGUGUCGAUUGGCGGCGAGUGACGUGACUAGUUUGUUAGCUGCGGGUUAGCACGGACUGUGCACCCCACCCAACCGGCCACGUCCGGAUUUGCGGGGAUGCCAAAGGCCCCCAACAUAGAGGCGUGUGCUUAGUAGGCGCCCGCGUCAAGGUGGCUGGGUUGAUAAUGACCCGGGAUCAGCCCUUUUCCUGCCAUAAGGCAGCCACCUCCUUGUUUAGAGAGUUUCUGGGGUUACUCGCGCCCACCACGCUCCAUAAAAUCCGGCCGCCCAUUCCUGGCCCCGUGUCCAUGAAGCAGGGACAUCGGAUCCCCGAACUCACGCUACGGUACCCAGCGGCACCCAGGCCUGAACGGGGACAGGACAGGAUGUUGUUGGGUGACUGGGGCUGUGUCCAUGUACUUACACGAUGCUCGACAUGUAAGCCUGUAACCAUCCAAUUAA